ACGUCAGUAUGUGCGUCAAUAGCAAUCAACAUACUCCGCAAAAUAAUUUGCGAAAUUAAAUAUAAGGCAAAAAGUAACUAGAAAACCAAAGAAAAUGCCGCUUAUACGUUCGGCGAGCCUAAACUUAUUUGUUGAAAUCAGUGUCCGAAUAGCUUUACUUUCAGCUUUUUGCUAUAUGGAAACCAUGUCUCCCUACGUCCGCGUCAUCCAGCCAGCAGACCUCGAGUCUACACUAAAGUACCCGCGACACGAAUCCUACGUCCCAGGGCACAUGCUGUGGUCCAUCGUGUUGGCGGUGCCUUGUCUGCUCUCUAUCAUAGCGUGGGCUGUGUGUAAUGAUUGCAAUGAUGCCUUAGAGUUCCUUUUGGCGUGGUCUCUUGCUUUGGGCAUGAACGGAGUCACCACGAACAUGGUUAAACUAAUAGCAGGGCGGCCGCGUCCGGACUUUUUCUACCGGUGUUUCCCGGACGGUAUCGAGACCAUGGACUUGCAGUGUACUGGCGACCCGGACGAGAUCAUGGAGGGACGGAAAUCGUUCCCGAGCGGACAUAGCAGCUUAUCGUUCUGCUCGCUGGGCGCGGGCAGCCUGUGGCUGUGCGGGCGGCUGCUGGUGCUGGCGCGGCGGCGCGGCGGCGGCGGCGCGCGCCUCGUGCUGUGCGCGGCGCCGCUCGCGCUCGCCGCCUGCGUGGCGCUCAGCCGCAGCUGCGACUACCACCAUCACUGGGAAGACAUCCUAGUCGGUUCGGUCCUCGGCUUCACAACAGCACUCGUCUGCUACCGUCAAUACUACAACCCGCUAUCCUCGGACCUCGCAGGAGUCCCAUACAUAGCCUCCAACACCGAACUAGCGCAGUACGUGAACGGGACAGACAGCCCCAGUAAAGAGAGAGACGAAAACACUCCGCUGCUGAAGAAGGUAGACAAAUGGAUAUAGUUUAUGUUCUAACUUUGCCUGGGAUUCGUUUUAUAGGUUUUCGGUAAUCUCAGGAAACCUAGAAAAUGACUACCGAGUUUUUGACUGUAAGUGCAUAUAAAUAGGUAUUACACCUAUUUAAUAUAAAACAGUUCUGUGUGACAUGUCGUGAACGGGACAGGCAGCCCCAGUAAAGAGAGAGACGAAAACACGCCGCUGCUGAAGAAAGUAGACAAAUGGAUAUAGUCUAACUUUGCCUGGGAUUCGUUUUAUAGGUUUUCGGUAAUCUCAGGAAACCUAGAAAAUGACUACCGUGUUUUUGACUUUGAAAGUACAUGAAAUACCUAUUUAAUAUAAAACAGUUCUGUGUGACAUGUCGUGAACGGGACAGACAGCCCCAGUAAAGAGAGAGACGAAAACACGCCGCUGCUGAAGAAGGUAGACAAAUGGAUAUAGUUUAUGUUCUAACUUUGCCUGGGAUUCGUUUUAUAGGUUUUCGGUAAUCUCAGGAAACCUAGAAAAUGACUGCCGUAUUUUUGACUUUGCAAGUACAUGAAAUACCUAUUUAAUAUAAAACAGUUCUGUGUGACAUGUCGUGAACGGGA